AUGACACUAAAGCGACAAUCCUCAUACUCGUCGUCAUGGCUGUUCUUGCUGGUAACACUAGUAGCGUCAGUAGCCAAUGCGAUGGACACACCGUCAUCAACCUCUUCUGUCGCCAUGACAGCCAUGGCGCAUCAAUCAUCCAGUCAAGUUGAAGUAUUUGACCAAUCAUCAACUCCAGAAUCACGACGACAACGACCCGUGUACCCAGAGUUUGUGUCUCCUGUCACCGGCAGUCGGCUGCAUUGGACCAACAGCAGCCAUCCUCCUCUGGGUGGUCUCUUUUACUCCAAUCACUCCACGACUGGAAGAAGUAGUGCUAGUAGUCGUAGUAGUAAUGGCAGAAGCCUGGCCGAAGGUGACUUUGCCUCGUUGAUUGCCAUAUUGGACGGAGCCACCAUUGACAUUCCAGGAGAGUUUGAACACGAUUUGGGCAAUGUCGAUCCCUUGAAUCUUGUCGGGUUCUUCACCGGAGAUCGUCUCGAGAACAAGCUCCAAGUCAAGAACAUUCAAUGUCGUCAACUCAUGUUGGGCGAUUUGGUCUUUGACGUGAAAGCGCCUUUGAUUGUCGACCAAGUGCGUACCAUUCCCAUUACACUGACCGUCGUCGAUUUGGAUUUUGACUGCGAAGCCGACUAUCAUUACACACUCUCCAAUACCGAUGGACGAUUCUUUCUCUACUCUCGCGGAUCCGAUGUCCACAUUGACAUGACCAUCACCACGGCCAAGACUUCUCCCAGAGACAUGGCCGCUCAAGUGCUCGACUGUGUCCCCAAUGUCGUCAUUUCCGACAUUGACGUCUCGACCGAUUCCUUCCUGGGGAAAAUAUUGAAUGCCGUUGAAGCCGUCAUUCGAGGACCCGUUCGCGAUGCUCUCAAUGGCGUCGUGUGCGACGAACUGCGCUCUGUGGGAACCACCACUCUACCCGAUCUGUUGCAACAAUCCGAUGACAUUAUCGAACCCUAUCUACAGCCCGUUCCCAACAAACUACUCAAUCCACUUUACGAAGAAGAGCAACUGCUGAAACAGCAAGCCGCAACCGCGAAUAGUUUGACCGGAAGUCUCUUUAACGCCGGCCAAUUCAUGAACUUUUUGUCUUCCGCGAACAGUCAAAACGAUGCCACUGAUUUGGCCCAUUUUCUCUUGUCGGCACUGGAUGAAAUCGAUGCGUGGUUGGGCGGUUCCGUGACACUCGACAACGGGCAGUCCGAUUUGGGCAUUAACAUGCUCCUCCGCGACACAAUUUUGGAUGCCAACGGGGCCAUGGCAUUGGACAUGACCCGUGGCAAUGUUGUGACGGCCAUUGGGACGCCCACGGACAGUGCCGUGGCGGUGGCCAAUCCCGGCAAAGGCAUGACACUCGUGAAAACACAUGACAAAUUGUUGGAACUAUCGCUGUCGCUCGAUAAAAUCACACUGUUUGGGUUGGAUUCCAUGACUCGAUUUGAUAUGCUCCAACGGAUUGGACAACACACGUUGCAAACGCAAUUGGCAUGGGAGUUCUUUCAAGGGGUGGCCGAUCUGAGUCUUGUCUUGAAACCGUCCACGUUGGAGGAUACCUUGUGGUCCGACGUGCCCGCCAAUCGACAGUUGGUCGAACAGAUACAACUGACCAUGACUGCAAAAGAAAUAUCUUCCAUGAUUACCAUCUUUCUCGCCAUUCAUCAAACCAAAUUGGGACAAUUGCCACUUGGUGGAUUGAUGCACUCCACCAAUAUAUUGAAGUGUACAUUUGCCACGGUCUAUCAAGGUGGCAAUCUCGUGGCGGGGCUCAAUGUCAACGUCGGGGAUUUGGUUGUUCCCACCUUUCAAGGAUUCUCCUCGCCCGGAUUGAAUCGCGUCUUGACCGAAGCCAUGGAAUUGUUGUUUGAACUCUACGAACGAUGGAUGCUCCAGGCGCUGCCGCAUCUCACACAGACCAAAUUACGUGCGCAACUGAAUGAUCUCUGGAACGAUUUCUUGACCAGUCUGGGAAUUACUUCCGGUGUUGAUAUGGAACAAGCCUGUCGUGUGCCACAGGAGGUCACGGGCAUGGUCGAUUUUCGAGAUUUCUUCUUGACGCCCGACAAAGCCAAGGAAUUGGGUGGAACGGGAUUGGAACCCUACGGGGAUAUCGUCCCCUUGUUGUUUGAAUUGCUGCACGAACAAUUGUUGGUCCCCAAUGAGAAUGACCCGGACAAACGAUUGCAGUUGAACAACUUGUUGUUGGACCCACUGACAAAAGCGCAAUCGGGAACUCCGGGAAUGCUGCAUUUUCCGUCCGAUCUGGUCAGCUUGGUCGUCAACAAGACAGAAGCUCUUGCGUCCUCCAAUAACAAUGUCAUGUCCGAGAUCGCGGCAUCUUUGUUUGAGUAUUUUGAACUGCGUCUCUACGAUACCAAGGUUCGCAAUAUCAAUACCAUUGUGGAUGCCCAUGUCUUGAAACCAAGCAGCGAAAGUCCACAUUUAUUGCAAAACAAAGUGCAGUUUGGUCCCAUUGCCGGACGGCCCUUGAAUGCCUCUGUGAGGGUGCUGAUGAGUGUGCAUCAACCUUCUUCCGGCAACGCCACUGGCACAAGUGUUCGUCGUAACUUGGUGGACAAGGAAGAUCACAUUAUGGAUAUCAGUCUCUCGGCCAUGUCGCUAGAAUUGGUGGCAGACUUGAUGGCCAUGGUGGAUGCCAAAGCCCUCAUGAACUUUCAAUUGCAGGAUAUUGCCGAUCCCUACUGUUGGCUGGCUACCAUGCCAGCACCCGCCUUGACGUCCGAUGGAAAGAUCUUGCCCGGUUCCAACAAUGCCGAAUCGAAUCUCGGCAUGAAGUUGGAAGCCUUUUUGGCCGAUUUCGAAAAAUUCGCCUUGGACCUGAAUUGUGUCAACGAAGCAUGCGCCCAGGGCAGUCUGGGGGCCCUCCAAGAGCUCAGCAAAAUUUGGCAACAAAACAACGUUACGGCUCACUUGGCCGAACGAUACCAAGCUUUUGCCACUGAACUCUUGACGGGCGACUACGCCCACAAUCGCAUGGCACGAUGGUUGGACGAAGCUCCCGGCAAAUGUUUGCAUAGGGAGGAAUACAGCCCCUUGCAGUCGCCGUACCCUCCGUUGGAGCUUCCUGUCUUUUCACUCGAGGCCAUGGAUACCAUGUUGUUCUCGGCUCUGACCGCAACGCAAGCUGGAUUCUUGGCACUAUCGGGUGGAAACGGCGAAUCCCUCUUUGCGGGAAUUACCGUGCCAUCCAUUCAACCAAGAGCCAAUCUCUCAGACCCCACCAAACGAUACAUGGACUUUACGGACAAUGAAUAUGGGACGGGUAGCUUGGGUGAACUCAUUUCGUACCUCUUGAGUCAAGCCAAUGUGCUACUGGGGGUGAACCCAAAUAAUGACAGUCCUGCAUCAACAAACGGGACAACAUCAGGCAGUGACAGUGGAAUCAAUGGCAUUGUAAAGGAUAUGCUCAGCGGUGAAGAUGUGCUCGAGGUUCAGUUUCAAGACGCUACUCUCGUUGGAUCGUCCAAUCUUCAGCUUCGAUUGAAUUCCCUGCGUGUGGUCGGGCUUGAUACGUUUACUCAUUUCAAUAUCUUUGAUGCUGUGGAGCCCCAUCUGCUUCACAACAGUCUUCGGUUGGAUAAGCUCUCGGCCGAGAUUGAUCUGAGCAUCGUGUCCGCUUCGGACAGUGACAGCAACGAACAGCGACUCGUCUUGUCCAUGACAGCGCAAGACAUUGAUGCGUUCCUUCCAGUCUUUGUGGCCAUUGACAUUGACAAGCUCGAUGCCAUUCAGCUAGGAUCGCUGCUGGACAUCAAGAACAUCCUGCCGUGUAUCUUGACUGCAGUGGAAGACAUCCACGUGCCUGCGAUGAAACUUUCGAUUGGUUCUGUGUCUGAUCUAAUGGUGAAGGGUCUCCUGCCGGCAUCGAAUGCUGCCUUUGAGACGUCAUCCGCUGCCAUUGCCGAUGCAUUUGGAGCGAUCGACUUCGAUGAAUUCCUCGGACCACUAGUCCAGGGUGUCAUCAAUGGCAUGAUUCGUUCCUACGUGAAAGAUGCGAGCUGUACGAACAUUAUGCAGUCGUAUAUUUCAUCGGCCAGGAGAAGAACCCAAAAAGACGAACCGUCUUUCAUCGAUUUUCGAGACCUUUUCCUGAGCACCACUCUGGCCAAAGACUACGGUGGAAGCGGCGAGUCGCCCUACGGUGACCUGUUCCGGACAGCACUCGCCUUUGUCGAAGAUCUGAUUCUGGACGUGGAUCCUGCCACCAAGUUGUCAUCGGUGAACGAACUGCUGAUUGCUCCCUUGACAGAAGCGGUCUCGAAGGAACGGGGAAGCUUGAUCAUGUCCGAUACGCUUGUUGACGUGAAGAAUAGGGUGAACGUUGGAGGCCUUGAUGCCAUGUUCACGUUCCGGGCGUCAGAUGCGAAAAUCCAAAACUUGGAUACAAUGGGCGCACCCAUUGACCUUCUGGCCCCCGUUGCGCAGGAAACGAAUCUAUUGAACAACACAGCAAGCAUUGGUGUUGUGAACGAUCGCCCGCUCAGAGCCAGCAUUCGGCUGCUUCUGGGACUUGAAGGCGAUGAAAACACGCAACUUCGCAACGACCUGGAGCUAACAAUGGACCUACAUACAGCCACUCUCGUCCUCACUGCUCUGCUCAAGGUCGCCGCAAACGAAUUCGCAGAAUUUCCCAUCGGUGAUAUUCUAAAUUCCGAUUGCUGGUUGGCAAAAAUGCCCGCACCUUCACUUGAUAAGUACGGGUUCCGGGCUGAGAAUGCGGAACCCUCUGCUGCAGUGUCAGAGAUUGAAGCAGCUCUGUCAAAAAUGAACCUCAGAGCCGACUGCUACUCUUGUACAAGUCCUGGCCUCCGAGAUUUCGACACAGAGGGAUCAAAAGAUAUUGACAAGGUCGCGAACCGUGUUUUCGACUAUGCUGCGGAUGUGCUUGGUGGCAGGUUCUUGCAAACCCAAAUUGAUCGGGCCUUGAACCAUGCUGCGAAGCGAUGUCCUCAUGAUUCGGACUAUGAACCAAAUUUUGUACUUCCCAAGUACGAAACCUUUGAGCAGGAACCCGAAACAUCGUCUACAACCGUUCUCCUGAUGAUCUUGAUUGCGACGGCAAUUACAAUUGCUGUCCUCGCUCUCAUUGUCUUGGCUCGACUUUGCUUUGUUCGAGCAAGGCACCGACGGCUGCUCAAGUCGCUGCCGGACAGACAGCUGUAUUUGCUUCAAAAAGAACAGGAGAGCGAAGACAAGCGCGAAAGGGAGCUAAAUGCUGUGACAAGCUCACUGUUUGCAAGCACUGCGACAAUUCCAGCGUUCGUUCGCUUCGUGGUGCCUGUGGUUAUCCUGGGAAACAUCGGAUUCUUUCUCAGUGGACAUCUCAGCCUUGGAGCGACGGUGAACAUCCAUGUGCAGCUUGCAGGACAGGUCAUCCGCAUUGACGAGUUCUUUUCUUUCAGCAUGGUGCAGAGCACCAUCGACAUUUGGAAUGCCGGUGGCAAAGCUCUUGCGGCCCUCAUUUUUAUUUUUUCUGGGAUUUGGCCAUACACCAAGUCGGUCAUGACGCUAAUGUUGUGGUUCUUGCCUCCUUCAACUGUGUCAAUGACAACACGUGGAUCAGUUUUGAUCUGGCUAGACACUUUGGCAAAAUGGUCUAUGAUUGACAUCUUCGUUUUGUUGGUCAGCAUUGCUGGCUUCAGAGUCUCCAUUGUCAGCCCGAACCUUGAUUUCCUCCCAGAGGACUUUUAUGCGGUCGACCUGUUGGUCGUUCCUGCAUGGGGUUUGUAUGCAAACAUGAUUGCUCAGCUCAUUUCCCAAGUUAGCUCUCAUGUCGUUAUCUACUACCAUCGUCGCGUUGUCAACCAAGCGACCCUUGCCCGACGAGCUCUGUUCCGCAAGACUUCACGCUUGCUGGAAAACGAUGAAGAGAAUGUAACCGAUGGCUUCUUGGACGACCGAGAACAAGUAUCUUUGGCCGCAAGUUUCGAAGACGAGAAUUCUCAAGACGCACAACGCCGAGAUCGUCUCUGUUCGCACGCGUUUGUCCGGCCACACAGCAACAACGCCAGGCUGGUUCCUCGUGGAUUCGUGAAUCCCUUCUUGGUCCUUUUGGGCAUUGCUCUCUCGGUUUUGGUUAUCGUUGGGUGUAUUCUUCCCUCUUAUAGUUUGGAGGUUCUUGGUAUUCUUGGAGUCCUGGUGGAGUCUGGAAACCGAUGGGAACAGGCCGUGCAGAAGCACAGUGUGUUGAGCACGACAAAGAUGCUCAUGGACCAAGCUGCCUUUUUGGGUGGCGCUGGGAACUACUUGGGUCUUGGAACGUUGUCCACAUUGCUGGUUGUGACAGUCUUGAUCGUUCCAUUGACCCAGACCUUUGUUUUGCUAGUCCAUUGGUUUGCCCCCAUGACACGAAAAGCCCGGAGCAGGAUGGAGAACUUCCUUGAAGGACUUCAAGCUUGGCAGUAUGUGGAAGUCUACAUAAUUGCCACGGUUGUGGCAACCUGGCAGCUCGGGCCCAUCAGCCAGUUCAUGAUCAAUGCUUACUGCGGGAGUCUCGACAGUACUUUUGACAUGAUGGUGUACUACGGCAUCUUGAACGAAGAGGAUGCUCAAUGUUUCCAAGUGGAGGCCGGCAUUGAAAGCGCUGCUUACAUCCUUGUCGCUAGUGCUGUGUUGUUGGCUGUGCUCAACACCUACAUUGGCAACGCAUCCCGUCAGUAUUUCCGAGACAUCGACAACAAGUCCAAGAAAGAGACAUUCGCGGUGCCCAAGAAUCUGUCAGCAACACUAAACCAUGAUGAAGACAGCAGCUCGGGUCCGGGCCAAAGUGUCUCGCUCAGUGGUGGACGCAGACCUGGCCUGGAGAGCCGUGGAAACAGCUUCAACGACGAAGGACAAUCACUAUUGGAAGCAGAUCCACUAGCACCGCCCUCCACGAAUCUGCAAGAAGAAAACGCGAAACGAUCUGAUCCUCUGGCACCACCAGAAGACGACGGCAACACGCCCAGCUGGCGGCGAGGAGACGCACUCAAAAAGAUCCAUCCAGUCCCAGUACUCUUUUCGGACAAGUUCCGCUGGACGCUUGUGCAAAGCGUUCACGAUACAGUUGCGUCUGACACUAGCAACGGUGAUCCAUCUAUGGCCAACAUCAAUGACAGCACUGACUCUCCCAGCGAAGAGGAGGCUCGGUCAUUGUUGAAGGGCGAUUUUCCUGAUCCAGUCCCCAGCGCAGCACCUUCCAGCCGCGACGACAACAGUCUUAAAGAUGGUUUUGAAGAAGUCGAGCUGGGCGAAAUGGAAUACGGGCAGAUGGAAUACGUGGAGAAUGACGACAGCGACGACGACGAGGACUUCAAGUUCAAGGACGAAGUCGUCAAGGUCAGUGACCUCGAUGAGGGAUGGGAAAGUGAAAGUGAUGACGGCGUGCACGAUGCGGUCUCAGAAAUGGGCAACACCCAUGCCAUGAGCAUCGACGACACGACCAACCACGAAUCGACAGCGUUCAGCCUGAACACCAGUCCAAGCGACGAUGUUCAGAGUAGUGCAUAUGGAACCCACCGAGACGAGUCCAAUGAUUCGGUCUUGUUGGAUUCGAACACGGACGAUGCCUUUUCCGCUGUUUCCGAUGACCCAGGCAUUCCCCAGCUUCGGUCGGAACUUGCCGACUUCGACCGUCAAAUUUCGAACGACCCCGACGAACUGGACAGACGAUUGGCUGGGGGCCAUGAUGUAGAUGACGAUGGUGCCACGCAACCCAGCUCAGUGUUUGUUCAAGAUGAUACCACAGCGCGAGAAAGCAAUAGAUUCGAAGACGAGGUGCAAACUGCCAACGACAGUAGCGAAGGUGAUUACAGCUUUGAGACGGCUACUAAUACUGGAACUGAAGAAGAGAUUGUUGUGCAGACCGUGGAUGAUCCUCAGCCGAUCAGGCUGCAGCCAAGAAGGGCUUCAGGCUUUCCCGACAACAACUUUCGAGGAUCCAUUAACCAGGGCGGCCAGGGCAACAGCAAACUUCAGGAUGCUUUCAUGUCCUAA